UAAGUGCGAACAUCAGUAUACGUUUACAACAAAGAUAGUAAUUGUUCUAAAAUUGAAUUUCAUAACUUUUAUUAGUUCAUUACAUCAGUAAUUUUUAAAAUUAAAACAAAAAUAACAAUUGUGGUAGUUUUAACCUUCCACAUACUUUAAAAUAGAUAGACUAAUACAAUUACCAAUAUACAAAAUGUCUAAAGGUGAUGCCGCUGCGAACCAACUUAUAGAUUUUAAAAAUAAACAGAAAAAUCCCACCACCACGCUAAGAUCGUGGGGAUCUCCAACAGUUUAUAAGGAUGCAACUUUAUCGGUUGGUCCGGAUGGACUUUUAUUAUUGCAAGAUAAUGACUAUUUUGAUGAAAUGACUCAUUUCGCCCGUGAAAGAAUUCCUGAACGUGUAGUUCAUGCCAAAGGAGCUGGAGCUUUUGGAUUCUUUGAAGUGACUAAUGAUAUUACACAAUAUACUGCAGCAAAAGUGUUUUCAAAAAUUGGGAAGAGAACUCCAGUUGCUGUGCGAUUUUCUCAAGUUGCCGAUGAAGCAGGUUCUGCAGACACGAUUCGCGAUGUGCGAGGUUUUGCUAUAAAAUAUUAUACUGAGGAUGGAGUUUGGGACUUUGUUGGUUGCAAUACUCCAGUAUUUUUUAUCCGAGAUCCAAUCUUAUUUCCAAGUUUAAAUCACGCUACAAAGCGAAAUCCUGUUUCGCAUGUAAAAGAUGCUAAUGCAUUUUGGGACUUCAUGUCUUUAAGACCAGAAACUGCACAUCAGUUGAUGUAUGUCUUUGGAGAUCGAGGAAUUCCAGCAUCUUAUCGUAAUAUGAACGGUCAUGGAGCACACGCAUUUAAAUUCGUAAACAGUGAUGGUAAUCCCAUAUAUUGUAAAUUCCAUUAUAAAACAGAUUUAGGAGUGAAAAAUUUGGAUCCAAAUGCGGCACAACAAAUAGCCGGAUCUGAUCCCGAUUUUUUAUUAAGAGAUUUAUACAAUGCAAUAGCUGAUGGUAACUAUCCAUCGUGGACAAUGUAUAUUCAAGUUAUGCCUUUUGCAGAUGUGCCUUAUUUAUCAUUUAACCCGUUUGAUGCAACAAAAGUAUGGCCUCAAUCCGACUAUCCAUAUAUUGAAGUUGGAAAGUUAAUUUUAAAUCAAAAUCCAUCCUCUUACUUUAAUGAAGUUGAACAAAUUGCUUUUGCACCGUCCAACUUUGUACCUGGUAUUGAACCAUCACCUGACACAUUAUUACAAGGAAGAUUAUUCAUAUAUGGUGAUACACAACGUUACCGACUAGGAUCUAAUUUUAAUCAACUUCCUGUAAAUGCACCAUUUAGAGAACAAACACCUACCAACUAUUUAAGAGAUGGAGCUAAUUCUAUUAAAAAUCAAGGUGGUGCCCCUAACUAUCAUCCAAAUAGUUUCAAAGGACCAGAAGUAGAUUCACGAGCCUUAAAAUUACAGCCGAAGGUUAAUGUCAGUGGAGAUGUUUAUCGAUAUGAUUCUGGAAAUGAGGAUAAUUAUUCACAAGCAGGAAUACUUUAUAGAAAUGUAUUCGAUGAUGGUGCACGUAAACGUUUUGUUAAUAACGUAGCAAAUCAUUGUUCAAAAGCUGCUAUAUUCAUACAAGACCGUGUAGUGCUCAUGUUUAGUAAUGUGGAUUCAGAUUUGGGGUCGCAGCUUCAAUCAGAAUUGAUAAAAAGGCGCAAUAAUGUUUCAUCUUCAUUAAUCAAAUAA